AUGGGGCAACUUCCAUCUGAUAGAGUCUUACCUUUAAGGCCCUUUCAACAUACAGGGGUGGACUAUACAGGUCUCUUCGUCAUUAAGACUUGGAGAGGAAAGAACGCUCGUAAUUACAAAGCCUACGUAGCUCUUUUUGUUUGCUUCACUACUUCCGCUCUUCAUCUUGAAUUGGUUACCGAUUACACUGCAGAUGCAUUUAUAUCUGCAUAUAAGAGAUUCUCUGGACGACGAGGAAUCUGUGCUACACUCACCAGUGACUGUGGUACCAACCUAAAGGGAGCAGAUGCCGAACUGCAACGUUUGUUUUCUGCCGCAUCCGAAGAAUCUCAAUACCUGGCGACCUUAUUGGCAAAGGACGGAACUUUAUGGAAAUAUAAUCCUCCUUCAACGCCUCAUUUCGGAGGCAAAUGGGAAGCUGGCGUUAAGUCAAUGAAGUAUCACCUCAAGAGAAUCAUGGGAGAUACCCUCCUCACUUACGAAGAAAUGAAUACACUGUUGAUUCAAGUUGAAGCUGUCCUUAAUUCUCGCCCUCUGUGUCCAUUGACGGAUGAUCCUGAAGAUCUUACUGCUCUAACACCUGGUCAUUUCCUUAUGGGAUGCUCUCCAACUGUUUUACCUGAGCCCUCACUUGAAAUCGAGAAGUCUUCACGACUGUCUAGAUGGCAAUUACUACGGAAGAUGUUGGACUCUUUAUGGUCAAGAUGGUCAAAAGAAUACUUGCAACGCUAUCAGUCCAUUUAUAAAUGGAAUCAACCAGAGACUCCUAUAGUAGAGGGUUCCAUGGUCCUAGUUGUCGAUGAGAGAUAUCCUCCCGCCAAAUGGCCUUUGGGUCGUGUUAUAAAGGUCUAUCCUGGUCCAGACGGACUAACACGAGUUGUCACUGUCAAAACACAAACUUCUGAAUUAAAGAGACCUAUCACAAAGCUUUGUCUUCUUCCGAUCGAUAGAGAUCUUACUCAUUCGUUCGUUAACAACGGUUAA